AUGGGCCGGGAUGAAUGCCUUUUGGCGCACGGGGAUCGGGCAGUCCUCGACGACCCCAUUGUCGUAUCAGACACCGGAUCGCCCGCGGGGAAAAAGAGAAGUGAAGCAGGCGGCGCUUCCACUGACAUUUCACCUUCCAGAGGUGGUAACUUUACGAACAACAUUCGCAUGCCAAGGGGGAGCCAAGGACAUCGGCGAAGUGCCAAGCCAGGUCGCCAGGUCGCCGGAGUAUUCGAGGACGCCGCCUGUUGCGGAUGCAUUUACGGCACCUGCAUCCCGAUGCAUACCCUAGCCUCUCCUGAAUGCGACGUCAGUUGCGUCAGACCAGCCAUCCAACCGCGAGGACAAAGCUAUAGACUUCGGCACGAUUUGGCAGGAGGCUUGACUGCUUGA